AUGUAUAAAACUGAGAGCCAACCGCACGCCGCCUUCAGUGGGCUUGGUGGCACCAUCCGAGACGCAAUGCUCAAUCCUUUGUUCGUCUUCAUACAGGUCGCUGUGUUCCUUGCCUUUGUCACCCUUGUUAGAGCUGGAAACAUCUUUGGCGGUGGCCAGCAGUAUGGUUUCCAAGGCGCAGGUUUUCAAGCCGGUGGUUUUCGAGGACCACUGUACGGUGCAGCUGCUACUCCUGGUGUCUCCGCUGCUGGUGCCUCUUACCCUCCGCAACCGUACAGCUUCGGUUACGACACUGCGGAUGAAUUUGGCACCCAGCUUUUCCACAAGGAACAAGGGGACGCAAGCAACGCAAAGACUGGCUCGUACGGUUACCGCGACGCAAACGGCCUCUUCCGCACAGUGAAGUACGUGGCCGAUGCCAACGGAUUCCGUGCCACUGUGGACACCAAUGAGCCCGGCACCGCUCCGGGUGCCAGCGCAGACGCCGUGUUCAACGCUAACCCUGUGGCGGCACCUGCCGGAGCGGGUGGUCGCUAUGCUGGAGCGGGUGGUCCGUGGGCUGGCUAGACACGUCACCAGUGCUAUUUGGGCACAUUUCUAAAUACUGGAAGCGUUCGUUUUGCCAAAAGUCGUGUAAAGAUGUUUCCUGGAAUAAAUGAGCCAGAUAUAAGCGCAGUUCAAGAUGUAGAUCGACUAUUGCAUAUAAAUAUGGUUGCCGACACAUUUUUCAGACACAUGUGCUAUGCCAAACUUCUUGCGGCUAUAUGUAGCAAUAAUUGUGCGCUCCGACACAUAAAGGAGAGUAACACGCGUAGUGGCCAUGUCUAUUGCCACUACGUGUCAUCGCCGUUGGCGUUGUAUGUGAUGCGAUUUUCGUAAAUGAAUUUGUGUGCGCACUCUUAAUAAAAGUAAACAACAUAACACAACCCUUUGGGGGCUGUCUUGUCCCAUAACCGUAAUCCCUAUCGAGCCUGCCUGCAUUUUCUUCCUUGAAAACUCUUGCUCACUGGCUAUGGUGUUGGGCUGCUCAACACGAGGUCACGGGAUCAAAUCCCGGCCACGGCGUUCACAUUUCGAUGGGGUGAAAUGCGAAAACUCCGGUGUACUUAAAUUUAAGUGCACGUUAAAGAGCCCCAGGUUGUCGAAAUUUCCGGAGUCCCCCGCUACGGCGUGCCUCAUAAUCAGAAAGUAGUUUUGGCACAUAAAACCCCAUAACGUUUUUUUUUUAAACUCUACGAUUGUUGUUUUUUGCCGAGAAUAAUAUGCCACGCUGAUGACGCGCAUGUCAUUCGUUACCUGGAAGUACUGGGCUCGCAUCUCCAAAGAAACGAAACGCUUACAAGACAGAUGACGAUUAUCGUUCUCGGAGACAAUAGACCCAAAGUGUGAACUUUCUAACAGUGUAUGAUCUAGACUCUCUGCCUGGAAGCGCAGCUGCCUUGACAUGAAGACAACGUGGGCAUCUGUUUAAAAUUUCCGCUGUGUUCACGGCCGUACAUUGCCUUGAUACUCAGCAGACAGGAUCGUUAGCGCGUGAUUUACGCACCGCGCUUGUCUGUUUUCAGUGUCGAA